AUGGGAAAGAGUGAGAUUCCUAGUGUGAGACUAAUGGAGGGGCAGCAGAUGCCGGUGAUGGCGAUGGGGACGGCGUCGAUAACAGCGGAAGAAGAGACGAAGGCGGCGAUCGUGGAAGGAAUGAAGGCGGGAUUCCGACAUUUCGACACGGCGUAUUCGUACGGAACGGAGAAAGCAUUGGGAGAGGCAAUCAGAGAGGGUGUUGAGCUGGGAAUUGUGAAGAGUAGAGAAGAGUUGUUCAUCACUUCCAAGCUCUCUCCUGCAUUUGCCCAUCCCUCCCUUGUUCUUAAUGCCAUUCAAGCUACCCUUGAGAAAUUGAAAAUGGAGUAUGUUGAUAUGUACUUGAUCCACAUUCCACUAAAGUUGAAGAGAGUAGGCAGAGGGGAAGUUGGAAAGGAUGAUAUCUCAGCAAUGGAUGUGAAAGGGGUUUGGGAAAUGAUGGAACAUUGCAAAAUACUUGGCCUCACCAAAGCCAUUGGUGUUAGUAAUUUCUCCGUUCCAACCCUCACUCAUCUUCUUUCCUUUGCUAAAAUCCCACCAGCUCUCAAUCAAGUGGAGAUAAGUGCAGUUUGGCAUCAGAAAAAAUUGAGGGAGUUUUGUAAAGCAAAGGGCAUUCAUGUCACAGCCUAUUCUCCUUUGGGGGCAGCUGGGACAAGUUGGGGCCAUAAUAAAAUUGUAGAGUCUCGUGUUCUUUCUCAAAUUGCUGAGGCUAAGGGAAAAACAACUGCACAGGUUGCAUUGAGAUGGGUAUAUGAGCAAGAGGUGAGCAUAGUGACAAAGAGCUCCAACAAAGAGAGGAUGAGGCAGAACAUUGACAUCUUUGAUUGGUCAUUGAGUAAGGAGGAAUUAGCAAAUAUCAGCCAACUCCCUCAGCACAGGGCAAUUGUUUUUGCCAACAUCUUUGGUCACCAUGAUCUUGUGCUUCACCUUGAUGCUCAACUCAACGAUUCUCAACAAUGA